CUGUGUCAGACUGUAACAGUUACGUCUACAGUUUUACUUUUAACAUGAAAGUCAGUAAUUUAACACGCAAUACGUUAUUGGUAGGACUUGUUGUCUUCAUAAUGAGCCAAACUAUACUGAUAUCAAUUUUUCUCAAUAGACGGGAUACUCCCUACAUGUACAAUGGUGAAGAGGACAAAGUGAAUUGGACAAGCUAUAAAUAUCUGCACGAUAGGGGCACGCAUCAGGAUAGUAAAAUUAAAAUGCCCAGUCAGAAAAAUUUCGCACAAAAGUUUUUAACAAUCUUUACAACAUUUUCAGAAAGGGAACACACUCGUUUCCAAAUACAGAAUAAUACACUUUGUAACUAUGAACAGUUUCCAAAUGAUUUGACAGAGAGAGUCAUAUUCGCAAGCGAUACGUUCCAUUUGCGAGAAGAUGGGCCUUGCGGAAAAAAGGCAAAAAAUGGUAGGGAUUUUGAAUGGAAUUUUGUUACACUAAGACCCAACAUGACUGCUGCUGGAAGGCCAGUUCUAAGACAAAUGUUCAUAGAGUCACAAAGUCGAUUCAAUAGCGACCUCUACAUGUACACCAACGGAGAUAUUUUGUUUAAUUUUAGAAAAUUAAUGGGCUCUCUCAAAGCAAUAGAACGAUUCACAAAAGUUCGUAACAUCAAGCGAUAUAUAAUAUUCGGAGGGAGACGUGAACUAAAUUUUUAUCACACUGACAAUAAGACGGUUGAACAAAUCGAAAUUGGCUCCGAUGAAGAAAUUGAUGCAUACGCUCUUGUUUCGAAAUCGGGACGGAUAGACGCACAGGAUUACAUCAUAACAAGCAAAUCAAGUUUCCCCUGGGAAGUCGUGCCCGAUUACGUUGUUAGUCUCCCCGCCUUUGACAACUGGCUCCUAAUGUAUAGUAACAAGGCGAACAUCGCGACAUUUGACAUCACACUCACAACAGUAGCUUUACACCAGGCAGGGGUACCAAAACUCGUAGAUAAAAACUACAACGAAUCUGCGAAAAUAAAUCUACAAAUAUUGCGAAAUUCAAUCGAAAAUGGCGUUGGAAUACGUAAUACAUUUAAAUGUUGCAAAUGGAAAACAAUGUAUCAUCUAAACCAGGUCAAAAUUAUUAAAAGUUUAACCUACAGAUCAUGGAAGUGUAUAUCAGAAUUAAAAAUACCAGUGUUUAAUUUAAUGGAUAACAAUAAGAUUGAAGAACAAUAGAUACUCAUCACCC